CAUUAUAAAUACAGGCAUUGUGAGUUUAGACUCAUAUAAUCAGGUCAUCAUCUACAUAAAUAUGAGGUCUGUAGUUUUGGGAGUGUUUCUGUGUGCGGUCCUUUCUCUUGUCCAUCCUCAAUGCUCACGGGAUCCACAAAAAGCAGGUGUAAAAUUUUGUCAGGACACAACUGAUAAAACCUGGCAUCCUGUUGGUACCACUUGGAGGAACAGUAAGUGUAUGGACUGUGAUUGUACUGCUGAGUCAAUGAAUUGCUGUUCUGCAAUGCCGAAUCCUGUUAAUUAUCCGAACAAGUGCACAGUGGAAAGAGAUUACACAACAUGCACAGUUCAAGUUGUUGAGAAAAAACAAUGUCCUUAUUCUGCCACUCUUAAAUAAAUGCCAUCAAUGAAGAAAUAAUAGAA